AUGGGCAAUGUCCAAUGGGAGGCAACGCAAGAAUCUGAGGCGACCAAAGAUGGGGAGGAGAAAGCCAAUCCAGACAGGAGCAAGACCAAUCAGAGGUCCAGCGCCACUAAACAAGAGACAGGGUGCCUCUCUCUCAACCCAUGGAACAGAAAGGGGAGCUCUCAACCCAUGGAACCGGAAGAUGUUUGUCAGCCACAGGGCAAUGAGCCAGGAGGAGGAGACAGGCAGGCAGGAGCCACGGAGAUGGAGAAGAGUCACUCCAAAAAAUCCAAGCCAAAGCAGUCUUCCACUUGGGCCCAGAAUUCACCCAGUGGCGCGAUCAAGGAGGCCAGCCUCUGUGAUAAAGAGCUCAAGACGGAGAGGCAGGGCCUAGCUUGUCUCAGCGGGGCUGAUCUCCAGACUGGUCAGAAUACAGGAUCUGUUCUUCAAGAGGAUCAGAAAGGAUUGAAACCAGCUUUAAAGCCUCCCCAAGUGGUGGCCUCUGACCCCAAAGACCUGGGUGCCAGAAGAGCAGCAGCUAAAGGGAAGAGCAAGGCAGAGAAUGCCUGCCUGGGUAAGAACCCGGCAAGCCUGUCGCUGCAGCCAGAGAAAAUAAUGGAGCUGGGCCUGGCCAUCGCCGCAGAUGAGGAUGGGGCAGAAACCAAGGUCUAUUGGGCCCAGCGCAUCAAAGCGAGCCCUAAGGAUGAGGCAGACCAUGAGGAGCCAUUGCCUGAAUCGGUGCCUUGUGGCCAGAAAGUGCCGACAAGCUCAUUGCGCAUCCUGGCACCUUUCAACAUGACUGAGGAUACGCUGGUGGGGCUCAGAUUUAUGCAAGAGACAGACACCAACAGGCCGGCUCCUUCCAGCGGUGCAGCUUCCCCAGGAGGAAAGAAAGCCCUCCUCUUGUGGGGGUCCGGUCAGUGGGAGAUAGAGCAAAUGGGCCAACGGGACAACACGCCUGGAAGUGAUGGCGAUUCGAAGGGCCCUGCCCCAGCUUCACACUUACUGGCCGAACACCCGACGAUGUCGAGCAGCCUCGUGGAAACGUGUCCGGCCUCGGGAAGCGAGGCAGAGGCUGGGGCAAAGAACGAGGCUGCGGGGGCAGAGGUGGUCAGUUCGGAGACAAUGCAAGAACUGCUAGAGAGAGGCCUUAACUUCCUGUACAAAGUAACCAUUCAGCCAGGCCAGUGGCCUCCCAGCAUCAAGGCUGUGAAACCAAAAGCAGGCCUCAUUCCCUCGGGCAUCUCCUACGCCGAUGUUCUGAAGCAGUGCCCACAGAAGAAGGCCCCGGCCAGCACCCUGGUUUUGCCCCAGGCUCUGCACCACCUCACAACACCAGGGAAGAAGCUGCCAUCAUUCAAAGGGCUGGAAGGGAGCAACCCUGAGGACUUCUCCUCGCUCAGCCAGUUGUUCCUGGAGCACUUCAAAAAAGUCACCCCGAAGGAACCUGCCGGCCAUGCGCCCGGUCAGCCAGUGGUCACAUUCCUAGAGGAGCUGUCCACUGCCGGCACCAAGAGGCCAGAGUGGCAAAGGCCCCGGCCUCCGACUCCGUACCCUCAGCGCCGUAAAGGUCAAGGGCGGAAGUUACCAAAGUUUGGCGCAGCUGUGCCCCAGGUUGUCACUUUCUUGGGCAGUGACGCAAAAUGUGAUUGGCUUGUGCACGAUGAAAGCCAAAUGUCAUUCGACGCGGCUGACGCGGCAGCCGAAGAAGAGGGCAUGGGCCCCACCGAUCCAUCCCAGGCAGGUGACCAAGAGGCUGUGGAGGCAGCCUCCUCUCCCUCGAUUGCAGCCCUCUUGUCAGAACAGGAAAUAGCAGUGGAGGUCGACGGGAGCGUACAGAGAUUAUGCUGGAGAUCACUGGACCUGCCAGAGGGUGCGAAAGAAACGGGGCCACUGAAGUCACCGCCGUGUAACUCAGCUUGGGGUACCAUCCCCCCACUGGCCACUGGCCAGUCUUUUCAAACAGAGGACCGACCCCCAACACCACUGCCAGGCCCAAAAUCAUAUUCCCCCAGUGAGACACCAAAGGCACCCAGCCCCACUGGCUCUCCCAUGGGACCAGCUCCCACGAGACCAUCUCCAGGUAAGAAGGCAACAGGCACGGCCCAAGCAAGACCCAAGGUCCGAAAGCAAGGCCCUGCAGCGGCAAAGUCGAAAGAGAAACUCAAAUCCUCAGGUCAGCCCAAGGUGAAGGUACCCAAGGGCAAGGGGCAGAAGCAAUGGCCCCGCAGCUGUGGUGUGGCCUCCCCGCUGAAGUUAGAAGGGGUUCCUCUCUUUCCACCGUUCGAGAAGGUUGCCAGGCCCUUUUAUUUCGGAGAGCCUUUGGAGGUGCCCCCUUCUCUGGACGAGCGAGCAGCUAUUGAAGAGGAUGCUACCCUUGCCCAGAAUAUUUCCAAGCAAGACCAAGAAGGCCCCAGCCCCGUGCAGCAUCGCCAGUGGCCGGCUUUCCAGGUGGCGGACUCGUGCUCCAGGAAGUGCUAUUGCAGACACCAGGAGGAGAGGAAGCUUCCCAAAAACAUCGUGGCAUGGCUCAACCCCUCCACCAACCACCUGGCAGAACCCCCCUGGGUCGCUACCGCUCUGCUGGCCGUCUCGCUGGUUGCUGGGAGCAAGUUUUGCCUGGAUUCUUACAAGCAGCAGCACGUCACCCGCGAGGACCUGGCUCCCUCAUCCAAGCGGCCUUCUUAA